AUGGAGAAGAGAGCCAUGAAAUACUGUCUUCUAGACAUGACAUGGCUGUUGAAUACAUUAACUCACAGCAAAUCCAUCACCAAUGUCAAGACAGACAAAAUUACAGGUGUGGAUGAGGAGUGCCUCCUAAGGCUCCACUCCUUCAAGAAGAGGUCCGUCAGAAUUAUUCCACUGAAGUGGAGGCUGCAGAAGUGUGAGGGCACCGAGCGGCUGCUCAAGAUGCAGAACCAACGCAGAGGUCGCACACUAUUCCAGGAUGUGCAGAAGCCAUCUCAAGAUGAGUGGGGUAAAUCCCAGGAGGUCAUGGAAGCUGCCUUGGCCCUGGAGAAGAACCUGAACCAGGCCCUCUUGGAUCUUCAUGCCCUGGCUUCUGCUCGCACAGAUCUUCACCUCUGUGACUUCCUGGAAAACCACUUCCUGGAUGAGGAGGUGAAGCUCAUCAAGAAGAUGGGCAACCACCUGAUGAACCUCAGCAGGGUGACUGGGCAACAGCCAGCUCAGACCGGUGUGCCCUCGCCAUCUCUGGGCGAGUACCUCUUUGAGAGGCUCACUCUCAAGCAUGACUAGGAGGCGUCACCUUCCAAGGGGAUCCCUCCUCUGCUCUGUACCAGCCAGCCUCAGGACCUUCACCCAAACCUCUAGGCAGCUUUGUAACCGCUCUGGAGCCCCUUCCAAGU